AUGAGGACCUGUGUGAACCUGGCGUUGGCAGGUUCCUGGGAACAGUGGCGCCCUCUAGUGGCAGGACUUCCCCAAAGACAGAAGCGACUCCAGGAGCUCCCAGAGACAGUGACGCCCCGAGGCCUUCCGAAUAACAGCUGUGUCCCCAGACGCCUUUCCAGGGACGACAGCUCCCCCAAGAGCCCUGACGUAGGCGCUGGCAUCCACAUGGGCACUCCCAGGGACGUCGUUGUCCCCACGGGCUCUCUCAGGUACAGCGGUGCCCCCAGGGGUUCUCUCAGGCGCAGCCGCGUUCCCAGAGGCCUUCCCAGAGACGGCGGCGCUCUCAGAGACCCUCCCAGGGAUGGUGAUGCCCCCAGAGGCCCUGCAAGUAACGCUGGUGCUCUCAGGGGCUCUCCCGGGGAGAGCGAUUCUCCCAGGGGCUCUCCCAGGGACGCCGCUGUCCCUGGUAGGGCCCUUGGGGGCGACACCGCUUAUAGUACGGUCCCUGGUGACGCCACCGCCCCUGGGAGUUCCCCUGGAGUUGCCGCUGUCGUUGGGAGGCCCCUGGGGUUUCUGCCGUCUUUGGGCGGGCCUCUAGGAGCACUGCCGUCCCUAGGAGCACUCCUGGGAGCGCUGCUGUACUUGGGAGAGCCCCUGGGGGUGCCAGCACCCAUGACAGGGCCCCAGGGUGGCCGCCGUCUCUGGCAGGGCCCCUGGGAGAGCAACUGGGUUCGCCACGCCCUGGCAGGUCCCCAGGGGGCGCCUCUGUACUUGGAAGGGCCGCCGGGGAGUUCCGCUGUCCCUGGGGCGCCACCGCCCUUGGCAGGGUCCUUGGCGGUGCUACACCCCCCUGGUAGGACCCCUGGGGCGCCAGCGCCUUUGGCAGGGCCUUUGGUGGCACCGCCGUUUGUGAAAGGGCCCCUGGGAGAUCCGCUAUCCCUGGCAUGGCCCCACCAGACGUCACCGCCCCUGAAAGGACUGCUGGGAGUGCCGUUGUCCCUGGAAGGGUUCCUGGGAGCGCCGCCGUCCCUGGGAGGGUUUCUGGGUGCGCCGCUGUCCCUGGGAGAGCCCCUGGUAGAGCCCCUGGGGGCGCUACGGUCCUUGGCAGGGCCCCUGGGGCGCUGCCACCCCUGGCAGGGUCUCUAG